GAUCAGCUGCGGCUCAGGGAUCGCGGCAUACGCCUCGGCGAUGUCGAGGCGGCGAUUGAGCGGCUGUGUAGGGAAGCAGGGGCCGGCGGCGGCGGCGGCAGGCAUGGCGGCAACGCACGCUCUAUGACGGGUGUGGUGGGCAUCGAUGCGUGCGUGGGAGUGGUUCUCGACGCCUUUGAGCCAGCCCUUGGAGCCAGCGUGUCGGCGGCGGCGGUAGCGGCGAGUGAUGGGGCGAUCCUGAGCCGCGGCGCCUGCAGCGGGGUUGCCAUAGGUGGUGUGGUGGGCAGUGGGAUGGCGGCGCCAGGCAUCGUGGCUGCCUCUGUCGGGCAGGUUGGCGCCGUCAGCUUCGCCCAGCAAAAGCAGGCAGGCAUCAGCUUACCACAAUUGCAGCAUCGACAGGAGUACCAGUAUCAGCAGCAGCAGCAGCAGCAGCAGCAGCAGCAGCAGCAGCAGCAGCAGCAGCAGCAGCAGCAGCAGCAGCAGCAGCAGCAGCACGUGCAACAGCAGCAGAACCUGCAGGAGUCUUCACUAGCAGAGCACAAGCAGCAGCAGUCGGGAGAGCCAUGUCGCCUUUCUCUCCACAACCAGCAGCUUCUCUAUCAACCUACUUCUCAGCAGCAGCAGGAUCCAUACUCACAGUACCCCCAACAGGCUGCUGAAGCGGCUGUGGCGGCAGCAGCCGCCGCCGAAGCGGCGUCGGCUGCUGUUGCCGCGGCUGCGACAACGGCCGCCAUGCAGCUGCUGCUUGCAUGGACGUCACACGUGCCGCUCGCACCGCACUCGCCCCAUCAACCAGCCCCGCAACUGGCGCUCCCGCAGCUGCUGUGUCUGGCGCUUGCCCUGGCGGAAGCGGCAUUCCAGGGCGCUGGCGCAGCCCUGCCACCUCAGCUGCGCACCGGCGCCUGCGCAUCGGCGCUGGGCAGCGCCCUGCAGGCCGCAUCCGCUGCCCUUGACGGCGCGCUGCGACCGCUCAGGGCGGCAGAGGGCGUCAUCUCCGAGGCAGCGCUGCGCGGUGCAGGCGAGGUGGAGUGUGCGGCGCUGUGCGCGGGUCACUGUGGCGGCGAGUUGCUCGAGGCCGCGCGAUGCCUGCUGAUAGCUUGCGCACAGCUUAAGCCGGCACAUGAGUGGUUUGCAGCGGAGGGUGCGUGGAUUGUGCAUGACGGCAUGCGGCACGCAUUUGUGCAGGAUGCAGCGGCGCGGCUGGCGGCGGCGGUGCUUCACCGGGAGGACGGCCGCCCGGAGGGCCUUGAGACAUGGGCCGGGCUGCAGCGGCUGCCACAGGCCGUUGAGGCGCUGCGGGGGAUCAGCACGCAGCUGCAGGUGGCGGCAGCCGGUGCGACCGGCGGCUAUGCAAGCAGCGCUGCGCCGCCGUACUUGUAA